AUGCUUGCUGUAUCACCAUUGAUGAGUACAAGAGAUGAGAGCCAAAGAGAGAUGGAGGAGAGUUUAUCGAUUGAAACAUGUGAUUUUGCUGAUCUUUCUGAAGGGACUUUAUUGGAAAGCAUCAAUUUCGAAUUUGACGAUGAUUUCUUCGUGUGCUUCGACGAUGGAGAUGUGUUACCGGAUCUUGAGAUGGACCCGGAAAUGCUUGCUGAGUUCUCGCUCAGCGGCGGGGAGGAAUCGGAGAUGAAUUCAUCGAUAACGGUUGUGGAUAAUAACAAGUUUUGUGAAGAUGGGAAUAUAGUUUGUGUUGAGAAAAAAUUUGAAGAGGAAGAGAAAGCAGGUUCUUCUUCGGAUUCAGGUUCGAGCCUUGGGGAGGAGAUUGUUAGCAGAAGAGAUGAGUCUGUGGUGGUGAAUCCAGUGAGUAAGGAAAGUGAGAAAGGAAGAAAAUCAUCAUCAAAAAAUAAUCAUCAAGGGAAGAGAAAAGUGAAGGUGGAUUGGACCCCCGAAUUGCACAGAAGAUUUGUACAAGCAGUAGAGCAGCUAGGUGUGGAUAAGGCUGUACCUUCAAGAAUUUUAGAAAUCAUGGGAAUUGAUUGCCUUACUCGCCACAACAUCGCAAGCCACCUUCAAAAAUAUCGAUCUCAUAGGAAACAUUUGCUAGCGCGUGAAGCUGAAGCCGCGAGCUGGACUCAGCGGAGGCAAUUGUCUUGCAAGAGAGAUGUGAACCAUUGGGUUGCACCAACCAUGGGUUUUCCGCCUAUGACUCCACCGGUGCACCAUUUUAGACCUUUCCAUGUAUGGGGGCACCAUCCCAUGGAUCAGUCCUUUAUGCAGAUGUGGCCUAGCUAUUCGACACACCAUCCACCACCUAAUUGGGUGCCUCCACGGCCGGCUCCGCCUCCUAACCCUUCGUAUUGGCACCAACGGGCUCAGAAUACACCAACCGCAGGAACACCGUGCUUUCCACAACCUCUGACAACAACGAGAUUUGCCUCUCCAACUGUUCCGGGCAUUCCUCCACCACACGCCAUGUACCAAGUAGAUCCCGCCAUAGCCGUCCCCGCCGCUCAACCAUCUCCUCCGCCACACUUAGACUUCCAUCCGUCAAAGGAGAGCAUAGACGCAGCUAUUAGUGAUGUAUUAUCAAAACCAUAUUUACCAUUGCCUCUUGGUCUUAAAGCUCCUGCAAUUGAAGGUGUGAUGGGUGAGUUACAGCGACAAGGGAUUCCGAAAAUUCCACCCUCUUGUGCUUGA